UUGUUGGAUUUAUCAUGCCAAAGAGGAAAGAGUAUCUGACCGUGAAGGAUCUGCAGAAGAUUUUGGACUCAUGUCAACUUCACCUCAGUCAGAUUGACGAGGUCUGGCCAAAUAUAUACAUUGGGAAUGUGUCAGUUGCCCAAACCAAAGCAGUGCUGCUCAAAUUAGGAAUAACGCAUGUGUUGAAUGCGGCUCACUCCAAGCAAGGCAGCAUCGGUAACCAGAGCUUCUAUGGGAAGGAAUUUGAGUAUUGCGGUAUUCCAGCUGACGACUCCACGCACUUUGACCUGGAUGUUUACUUCCAGCCAGCAGCAGACUUCAUCCACAGAGGUCUAAAGUCACCAGACGGCAAAGUUCUGGUGCACUGCAUCAUGGGAAUGAGUCGCUCCUCCACCUUGGUGCUGGCCUACCUCAUGAUCUACCAUCACCUUCCACUGAAACAAGCGCUGCAGAAAGUGGUACAGAAGAGGGCCAUCUAUCCCAACAGGAACUUCCUGGCUCUGCUGCUGGAUCUGGACCUCCAGCUGACCAGAAGGAAGAAAAGGACAUGCCAGAUCCUAUAAUUUAGUUCAAACCCAGACUCUCAAGGGACUCCUGAGUCAUGGACUGCAUCCUGAAAUUCAUAUCCAAAAGGGAUGCAUCGUGAGCUACUGCGUCACGCUCAUAAAAACAUGCAGUGCAAGGAUAUUUUCAUCUGGGAACAAUUUUAGAGCCCUUCCUGUUGGAGACGUCGUGCCACCACCAUCAGUGCCCCCAUAACUGUUGGCCCUCUGGCCUGAGGUGACCCUUCUUUACAGUUGUUGUACAUUAUAUUUACACCCAUACGACCACUGUACUGUAGACACCAUGGUACUUGUACACUUUGAUCUUAUGUUGGAUUACAGCACCCAGAAACCCAUGCUAACAGAAGGUUGCCAGACAGUAGCAUGCAUUGUAGGAUAGGGUUCCACAGGCCAGCUGCCUGAGUAUUGUUAUUCAUGUUUCAUUUCCUGUGGGUGGCGUGUGUCUGUGUUGUGGUUAUAUUUCCACUGUUUCAGUGACAUUAGUACUGGUGCUGUAGGUAAAUGUCCCUGCACUCCAGGUGAAUCCUAUUGAUAUGAUGCCAGCUGACAGCGGUCACGAUGGUAGUGCUGGCAUCAGGGGUUAAGUGGCGACCGCACUGUAUCACGUGCCUGCAUACAAAUAUGAUGCUGUGGACUGAGAGGCCCUACCUGUGAUGACUUUAGUUACUUUGCUAUGCUUCUGUGGACUGAAAGUCGGCGUAUCACGUGCUCAUAGGGCCUAUUGUUCAGUCCUCAUUACUUACCUCUUUUCACUAACCGGUAGAACUACCAUCUGUCUAAUAACAUUUGAAAACGUGCUCACUGAGUGCUUGCAAAUGCUGCCUUAUUUUUUAUUGAGUACAGUGUCUGACAUGUCAGUAAUACCAGCAAUAGUUUGGGAUAUCACAGUGU